AUGGACCUCUACCGAGCUACCUUCGCCGGCUCGCUACUGUUGAAUAGUCUAGUACUCCUACAAACGUACCGAUCGCGCCGAACUGGAGAUAUUGAAACUACCAGUCCAGAAAAAGUCGAGCAUCGAGGUCGGGAAGAGUCGGAUAGAGAGGGCCUGCGCAAACUGAAAUGGCGCUUCCUUCCAAUUUACUUGUUAGUCAACGCUGCGGAUUGGCUCCAAGGACCUUACAUCUACCCAAUUUACAAAGACGAGAAGGGUCUCCCAGAAGAGACAGUCGCAUUCCUGUUCCUCAUUGGAUUCGUCUCCGCGGGUAUCUCAGCGUCGUUUGCAGGUACAUUCGCUGAUCGAUACGGCCGCCGAAGAGCAUGUCUGGCGUACUGCGUGCUAUAUUCGUUCUCUAGCUUCACUCUACUCGCCGACGACAUUCGUAUUCUGUUCUUGGGUCGCGUGCUCGGAGGAGUCUGCGGAACCCUACUUUGGAGCGUCUUCGAAAGCUGGCUGGUCGCAGAAUUCAAUCAACUCAUACUGGACGACACAAGCUCAGUACUCGGCGGCAUAUUCAGCGCCAUGACGAUUCUUAACAGCCUCGUCGCAAUUUUUGCUGGCAUUCUGGCUGAGGGGCUGGUUCGUGUGGUGGGAACUGCUAAAGCGCCCUUCAUGGCUUCCAUUGGAUGCCUCUCUUUAGCCUUUGUUGCAAUCUCAAAGUUCUGGGGCGAGAACUACGGCGCGAGCCACCGUAAUACAUCAGAAGAUGCGGCGCUGCUCCAGCAAGAAGAAGCAGAGAACUCGGCUAUGAGCACUACCAAAUCGACCUUGAGAUACAUCUUCAGGGAUACAAACAUCCUCGUCCUAGCACUGGUGUCGUGCUUUUUUGAAGGCUCCUUGUUCCUGUUCAUCUUCUUCAAGUUCCCAGCUUUGAAGCUGUCACACAAGCUUGCAGAUGCGAAAGAUGAUCUACCCUUCGGGCUGAUUUUUGCCAUCCUCAUGUGCUCUAUGAUGCUCGGAUCCAUGCUGUAUAACAACAUCACGACCAUAUCUUCGAAGUUUCCGGCGAAGAAGGUCCUGAUGGGCACCCUAGCGGUUGCAUCAGCAUGCUUCUUCAUUCCAGGUCAUUUCCGGGACGAGCGCGUGACACUGUGGUGUUUCUGUGUCUUUGAACUCUGCUGCGGCGUCUACUACCCUGUCAUGGCAUCGAUCAAGGGCAAACUCAUAGACGACACCUCACGUGCGAGCGUAUACACGGUACUGCGCGUUCCCUUGAAUGCUUUUGUUGUGCUCGCCUUGAGCACGACCAAAGAAGGCGAAUCACACCGUGAUGCAGUGUUUACCACAUGCAGUGGGCUGUUGUUGGUGGCUGCGCUUGUAGUGCACAAGAUCCUAGCCUGA